CAGACUGGCGUGUUUACGUCGGUAUAACGCAUAGGAAAUGCAUGAAGACGAAAGUUUGCGUGACCGUAUCUAUUUUGUUACGCAGUGCCUGAUAUCGACGAUUUUUUUGUAGGGUUUCCUGCCGUAACUUCUUCACUCUGCGGCAGCAGAAGUCUGUCAAACCACCAUAUUUUGUGCUCACAAUGCCUGUACGAAUAGCAGUUGUGGGAGCUGGCAUCAUUGGCCUCACAACAGCUGUAAAGGCAAUAGAAACGCUCCGUGACGUUCACAUCACCAUACUGGCCGACAAAUUUACUCCAGAAACAACUGGAGAUGUGGCAGCUGGGUUUUUAGACCCCUCCCUCAUUAAGGGGGUGCCAGAGGAGAAAGUCAGAGACUGGUGCGUUCAGACGUCUGACUUCUACCUUGAACUGUUGAGGGGAGACAGUGCUAGCGACCUGGGCCUGUGCCUGAUUCCCGCAUACUUUUUGAAAACUGAGUGGAUUCCCCGUCCACUACAUGCCGAUGCAUUCUUACACUACCGUGACAUGACUGCGAAGGAACUGCAAAUGUUUCCCAGUAAAUAUAGGUAUGGUGCUUUUUUCGUUUCCAUGAUCAUCGAGUGCAAACGAUUUCUGCCGUACCUCAUGCGGAGGUUCGAAAGAAAUGGUGGAAAACUGAAGUCCUAUAAAGUCCACAACCUCGAAGAAUUGGCCUCAAAUUUUGACGUCGUCGUCAACUGUUCUGGAGUGGGAGCCAGUGCGAUAACUGCGGAUGACAUUCUCGAACCUGUCCGAGGUCAGACCAUUAGGGUGCAUGCUCCGUGGAUAAAGCACGUCGUCCUCGGCGAUGGCUUUCACGUCAUUCCAAACAUUGACAAUGUCAUGCUUGGCGGAACUAAAGACUUUGGAAAUUGGUCACUGAUUCCUGAUCCAAAGAUUAGGGACACCAUCUGGAACGGCUGUGUCGAGCUGAUUCCAAGCAUCAAGAAAGCAAAAAUCGUUGAAGAAAACGUUGGACUGCGUCCCGGACGAGACCCUGUUAGGAUCGAGAGAGAACAACGGAGUAUUCCAGGCCUGCACAAAAAAUUACCAAUAAUCCACAAUUAUGGGCAUGGUGGUUCAGGCAUCACAGUCUGCUGGGGUUGUGCAGACGAUGCUGUAGAGCUUUUGAAGGGUGCUAUAGAAGAUGGGAAGUUCGCCGUGCAAAAGUCCCGCCUGUAGGACGACACUACUGUCGUGCAGUUUUUUUUCUCUCUCUCUUUUUCUUGUGUGUGUGUUUGUUACGAGGACGUCCUCGUACUUGUACCUUGUACUACUACAUUUUUAUACUCCUGUAGCCAAAGCAUGCAUGCUCUAUGUGCAUGUAUAAUGUGGAUUUCUACCGCUAUGUAAAACAUUACUCUGGCAUGGCUGACGUUGAAACCUUUAGGUUUCCUACCAUAGUUUGAAACCUUUGUUAAUGAUGCAUGCCUCUGUUAACCUUUGUUUUUGAAACUUUUUACCCACCUGACCUUUUUUGCGUAAGUUAAGAAACAACUGACAAAUUAUUUCAGAUAUAUCUUGUUAAAAUCUUAUUCUGCCAUUUGCUUCAGCUGUCAGGGACUGACGUGACAGGAAUGGACACAUUUCCGAUCGGCACGGUCCUUCGAUACCCUUUCUGGUCAGGAAACUCUGCUCGAAUACAAUAGACUAGGUCACUUCGGGACAGUUGCUCCCGCUUGGGGCAGUCGCGUCGUUCGGGGGGAGACACCCUCGUGGAGCAGACGACGUUUCCGCAGCACUGCGUGUUUUCAGGGAAUAUUUGAUAAGCUACUUUUUAAAGUUCAUUUCGUGUUCAUAGCAGAAACAAUUAAUUAUCGAAGCGAUUCAUGAUUUGAGCCGGCACAUUUCAGUUCAGUGGACGUAAAUUUGCAGAUUUGCCGCGUAAAUUACAACUUUCGUUGUCUUUCUUUGACACGGAAAAUUUUAAUUUUGCUCUCACUCGUGUGGCUCUCAAUGAUGGUCGAGAAACAUAUUAUAGCAUUUUGUUGCACAGUCCCUCGAUCCAGUGAUAUAUUGUAAGCUAAUGACGCUUUCGGUAGUUGUUACGUGAGGGCAAAACUUUCCAAAUGCGUGAUUUUCUUGUUUUCCUCGUAGCAGUUUGUUGUAACUUGAACAGAGAUAAAAUUACAAGAUAAUUCUAUUUCAGUGCAGACAGAUAAGACUUCAGAUGAAUUACGUAUAGAAAUCCUGUAUUUUAAUCAUCUAAUAUGAUCUCUGGCGGUAUGAGAGCCGGGGGGAUACACAUGCUAUAAAUCGUAUGGCUCGACCGUUCUCGGCGAGGAAAUAUACUAAUCUUCUUUUAUAUAUAUAAAUAUAUAUAUAUAUAUAUAUAUAUAUAUAUAUAUGUGGUGCAGUGCCAUGCACAAGGUUUAACGUAUCGUAGAGAGCAAUUUUUACACACUUUGGGAAGAGGUGAUGGGAAAACCGUUGUGGGAGGUCACAACGAAGCAAGCAGGCACAAUAUUGGGGCCUCCUGAAUGUAGUUUGGACGAAUACUCUGUAAUUCCGUAGGAAACAAUAUUUUCCUUUGCCGAUUCCAACAAGAUUCAAGCCGGGUUAUUAAAUUAACACGAUAGAAUUUCCUCUUGCUGAAGUGUGACCUGAUAGCGCUUUCCAACUAGAAUUUGGCUGACAAGAUUCAGAUGUCGAACUCAACGGCUACACUAUCAUCGCGUUGUAGAUAGUCUCGGCAUAUGAGCUAGAUCAGUUCCAUAAUAUUUAAAAUGGUAGAAUGGAGUUUUAUUUGGGAGGUCAGAAGGAAACUUUAGAAUUGCCCAAAAACUACAUUUACGAACAACACGGUGGUAUGUGGUAACAAAAAUGAAAAAAAAAAAAAAACUGGAAAGAGAUAUAAGCAGGGGGAAAGAGAGAAAAUCUCUUGUGCUAGCCUUUCUCUUCAAAUUCAGGAUGAAGACAAGGAAACUAUAUAUUUUUGGCACUAUAUACUGCUAUGAAUGGGCUCUGAGUCUGUAUUUUAUGGUCCGCAGAAGCUUUUGAGGCAUUGCAGAAGCAUUGCAGAAAGGAAAAAUGAAUAGAUAAAAAGAGAAAAACAUCACACCUCCCUCUGCCUGCUUCCGGUGCAGCAAAAACUAAUGGGUAUGAGCGGACUUCGUUUACUAAGCUGACUUGGCAUUACAUCUUUCCCCCCAAGUUGUACCCUAACACAUGUUAUUGUAUUGAUAUCAUGUUGAAUGAUAUAUCUUUGAAAAUUUUACGGUUCUUAGUGUUUGAUAUGCUACACAUGUCACACAGUGAUCAAUUUGAAGGAAAUCAACAAACCACGCUCAUCGCAGUACAUCUCUAAUAAGGCUAUUAGCGAAUGUUUUCUGUUUAUUCCCGUAGACCGAGUCAUCGCUGUUUUUUAGACAAAGAAAAAAUAAUUUCAUUCAGUCCUCGUCGAAUUAAGGAUCCCCUUCCAUGAAGAACAUAUAUACAUCACAAAAUGCUGCACGCUCGAAUCAGACGAAGUCUCCUUGAUAUGUGUAGAUCAUUCUUACAUACGAACAGAGUGCAAAGAUUACAAUUAUCUUCAAGGAUAUUUAAAAAAGAACCUCUGCUUACGCACUCAAAACGCAAGCACACACACAAAAAAAGCGUACACUUCCAAACACCCAUAGAAACACUAUGCAAGCCAUACGUAUACGCGCAGGCACCGGCGGACACGAAAGUCUCCCCCCGAACGAUCGCCGCGCCACCACGCGCCGCUCGGCCGCGGAAAUGAAGUUCUCGCGCGAGUUUCCUGACCAGAAGGAGUUGAGUGCUAUCGGUAAAGAACAAAAUUGCAUGUUAUGAUUCUAAAUUUUUCAACAGCAGUCAGGUUUCUAGGAAACGAAUCAAACUUAGGGUAUGCACACGAGCACGCAAAAUGCAUGCCCACAAGGGUUGCAGUUGGUGUACGCCACUUGAAAUGUCUGGUGGUCAGUGGAUUUUUAAUUUUCACGAUUUAUCGUAAGCGAAUCGAACCACGUGACAACUUUGUAUGACAUUUCAACACCUUACGUCCUGAAAUGUGUGAUUUAGCUCCCAAGUAGUAGGUGUUUUCAUCCAUUUGCUGCGGAUUAACUUGGGAUUUACCGCUCUACAUCAAUUCGGUCCACGUACUACUGUUUGCCAGUUUCAGUCUUGCUACAUGAGAAACCAUUCCGUGUUGUCAAACCACAAUGUAGCAUAAAAAAUCAAAUACAGCUGUGUACUGUUGGUGUCGGAAAUAAGUAAAUAUGGCACUACGUGAAUGACAGAAGCAUGUGCUCUCGACACCCUCAACAAGAUCGGAUUGUGUUUGUUCACGUUAUUUAGCUAUAAGAACGAUUAUGUCGAGAGGUAUCUAGGUCUACGUAUGUCCCAAACAACGUUACAACAUCCAGAAACAGGAAAUGAUGAGACUUAACAACGUGCUGACGUAUCUAAAACGCAAUACUUGAUGCGGUUAAACAAUUAAACAUAACUAAGCAGCAACA